GCGCGGCGUCCUCGACGAGGCCAUAAUCGAUGGGUCGAUAGGCGAUGUCUGCUAUUGGAUUUCCCGCGAAAGAAACGCAAUUCCUCGCGCCCGAGACGCUGGAACAAGUGCACGAGCCCUUAACCGCUUACUGACUUUGGUGAUAAUCGAGCUUCAGCCUGACACAAUGGGAAUACAUGGACUUGCUAAGCUGAUAGCUGACCAGGCCCCUGGUGCCAUCAAAGAGCAGGACAUCAAGAACUACUUUGGUAGGAAAAUUGCCAUAGAUGCCUCCAUGUGUAUCUACCAGUUCCUGAUUGCGGUGCGACAGGACGGUAACGUUCUGCAGAAUGAGGAUGGCGAGACAACAAGCCACCUGAUGGGAAUGUUCUACCGGACGAUCCGCAUGCUGGAAUAUGGCAUCAAACCCGUGUACGUCUUUGACGGCAAGCCCCCACAGCUCAAGUCAGCAGAGCUGGAGAAGAGAGGGGAGAGGAGGGCAGAGGCUGAGAAGAUGCUUGCUCAAGCUCAGGAACUCGGGGAACAAGAGAAUAUUGACAAAUUCACCAAGCGUCUGGUAAAAGUCACCAAGCACCACAAUGAUGAGUGCAAGAAGCUGCUGACCCUGAUGGGAGUGCCCUACAUUGAGGCUCCAUGUGAGGCGGAGGCCAGCUGUGCCGCGCUGGUUAAAGCUGGGAAGGUCUUCGCCACAGCAACAGAGGAUAUGGAUGGACUGACCUUUGGGACGAAUGUCCUGCUUAGACAUGUCACCGCCAGCGAAGCAAAGAAACUUCCUAUCCAAGAGUUCCACUUCAGUCGCAUCCUGCAGGACAUCGGCCUCACCAAUGAACAGUUCAUAGACCUGUGUAUUCUGCUGGGCUGCGACUACUGUGGCACCAUCAAGGGAAUUGGCCCCAAGAGAGCCAUUGACCUGAUCAAACAACAUGGCUGCAUUGAGGAGAUCCUAGAAAACAUUGACUCCAAAAAGCACCCUGCUCCAGAGGACUGGCUUUACAAAGAGGCCAGGGGUUUGUUUUUGAAGGCGGAAGUGGUGGAUUGUUCCACUGUGGAGUUGAAGUGGAGUGAGCCGGAUGAGGAGGGUCUGAUCCAGUUCAUGUGUAACGAAAAACAGUUCAGUGAGGACAGGAUGCGUAACGGCUGUAAGAAGAUUUUGAAGAGCCGACAGGGCAGCACACAGGGACGACUGGACUCUUUCUUCUCCAUCACUGGAUCUCUGUCCUCCAAACGCAAGGAACCUGAGCUUAAAGGAUCAGCAAAAAAGAAGCAGAAGACGGGAGCCACGCCGGGCAAAUUUAAGAAGGGGAAAUAGACUGUACACAUGACUUUUUGAUUCUUUUGGGCAAGCAACUAUUACACACACUAUGAUUCUCACACGCAAGAGUAUAAAAAGGAACAUUGUUUCGAGGUGAGGCAAGAGGAAGCUGCAACAUAAGAAGAGGUUGUGUGUAAUGAUUAGUUCAGCUGGACAACUGUGUUUGUACAAGACCAAACGUGGUGUUAUUGACAGCUGUGCUUGUUCAAAGUGUGUGUGUUCUGUUAUUGAAUAAAAUGACUGAAGUGUUUUUUUUAUAGAG